AUUAUGGGAAAGCAGGGCGAGCGGCUGGGAGUUCACCUGUGCCUGCGGGGGGGAGGGGGGAAGACCCGCACAGGGCACGGGGCUUGGAGCCACCCGGGGUGGGGAGCGGCUCUCUGGCAGCCAUGGUGAGUACCCCCGAGGGGGAGCGCGGGGUUGGUUGGGCUGACACAGCUCCGGGGCUCCGGGGAGCCAGGAGGAGGAACUACCUGCUGGCGCCAGGUGAAGCAGCCUCCGCGCAGCAGAGAGGCAGGUCGGGCAAGGCUCGCCCUUGAAAAGCGCACAGAACAUCUGCUGGGCUUUUCCUGCUCCUUUUUUUUUUGCAAGGAAACGGCAACAGGACGCAAAGUUUGCAGAGGUUGAUGAGUCGGUCGGUUGCCCAGGGGGCUUUUCUCUCUUUCUGGUCUUGAACCGGCUAUUAUAGAGUUAAGCGACCCCCCCCCCUUUCCGCGUUUUUUUCCUUGCGCGGGUAUUGAACGCGCGCUCUCUCCCUUUCUGACAUUGCAAGAGAGGAGAGGGCAGGAGUUGGCUGGCGCAUAUCUUCCUCCACCUGUUGCUGGUUCAGGGUCAAGGGGGCAUGGAGAUAAGAGCCAAGUGCUGCAGGAACCGGGACCACCGCACCCAGUUUCUGUGUUCAAGCCCAGCCCCCAUUCCCUUCCACUGGCGCCGCCAGAGCACGAUUUCUGUUCUCAUCCUUGAAGCAAAGUUCUUAACCCGAGGUACUAUUUCUGGGUUAGUGGAGUCUGUAACCUGAAACGUAUGUAACCCGAGGUAUCACUGUACAGGGAUGGUGAAAGCUGUACCUGACAGGUUUCUGUCUAUCAUGCAGGUAUGAAGAGCAGGGGAAUGCCACACCUAUGUUAGAAAAAAAAGUUAGCAAAGGGUUUCUCCCCCUCUCCAGCUAAGGUUUGGGUGGGUUAUUUUAUUCUCUUUGUACUUUGGGACACUAGAAACUGCAAUAUAAAGAAACAGGAAUUUAUUGCAAUAAAACUUCCCUGGUUGGGAGUGGGGUUAAUUGGGAAGGUCUUAUUUCACUAUCUGGGUUUGGGAAAUCAUCACAGGUCAGAAAGGAACCUUCUUCUAGCUAGAAAUGCCUCACAACCUCGAAGAGUUUUCUGACAGUGGUGCCAUGUGCCUUGUCUCACUGGCUUGAGACAUCUACACCUGUCUGAUUUGCAUGCACCUUGGUGUGGUGGCUCCUCAUUCACUCUGAGCUUCUGCUUGUGGUAUGCUGUGGCCUGCAUUUAACCCGCAGAGGGGAUCCUUCAAAGUAUGGACCUCUGUGGCGAUCCUCUGAUUCCAGAUGCAACCCUAACCCCACUUACCUGGGUCUGACUUCUGAGCAGAUGUGGUUUAGUUAUCCGCUAAAACUAAAAUCCAUUUUGUCUGCGAAGGUUGGCGGGCAGAACUGGGCCAAUGCAUUAAUACUGCUCAAGUAAAAGAACAAGUAAAAGAGCUAAUCUGUUGAGCAACGAAUGAGGUGGCCAAGAGUUUAGGGUGCCUGACGACAUUCCUGAGCUGAAAUCAGGUUCCUCUUGGUUCCAUUCUUAAUGGGUGACCCCGUGGCCUAUCUACUUCACUGGUAUGUGUAGUACAUUUCCUUUGUAGGCUUAUUGUCAGGUGGAUUUUGACCCUCGAUUUGCAUGUGGUUUCACUUGCCUCUCUCCCUCUCCCUUUUCAUAUUGACUUUGCUUUGUGUAGUUCAAACAGGCCCUUCAAUUAAUGGUAAUGUGAGUAGUUUUAUCUAAAAUACCAAAUCAAUGGGAGGCUGGGUGGAGCCAACUUAUUUGCUUUUCUAAAUCAGCAGCCUGGUGAUGGCUUUCCAAGAGAUUUAAUCCAUGCACUUCUCUUCAGUCGUAGAACACCUGCUGUGCGUAUAGAAGGCCCCAGGUCCCAUCUCCUGGUCUGACUGGGAAUGUCCCCAGUCUGAAAUCAUGGAAUGCUACCAGCCAGCCAGUAUACGACAGCUUCCUUCUUUCUCCUCUUUCACGGUUAGGAAUGGGAGAGAAGGCAAUCACUUUCCUCUGGUUGCGAAGCUGCCUGAUAGCAAGCCAGAUCAUUUGUUCAUCUAGCUCAGUGCUUCUCAAACUUGUUGUUGGACUACAACUCCCAUCAUCCCUGACCACUCGUCCUGCUAGCUGGGGAUGAUGGGAAUUGUAGUCCAGCAACAGCUGGGAAUCCUCUAUACCAGGCCUAGGCAAACUCGGCCCUCCAGAUGUUCAUUUGGGACUACAAUUCCCAUCAUCCCUGACCACUGGUCCUGCUAGCUAGGGAUCAUGGGAGUUGUAGUCCCAAAACAUCUGGAGGCCCGAGUUUGCCUAGGCCUGCCCUAUACAUCUGGUCCUUCCAGAUGUUGCUGGACUCCUUAUCCCUGACCAUUGACUCUGCUGUUGAUGGGGCUGAGUGGAGAAGUAGUCCAACAAGUUCUUGAGGGCCACAGCUUCUCCAUCCCUGGUGGGUACCGAUUGGCAGCAGCUCUACAAGGCCUCAAGCAGCAGUUUCUCUCUACUUGGAGAUGUCAGCAAUUGAUCUCAGGACCUUCUGUGUGUUUCACCACUGAACAAUGGGCCCUCUCUGCUGUUACAUGUAGGCCUGAAGUCCCAAAGUGGUGUCUCUCCCAGUUUUUGGCUUUUGUGUGGUUUGGUUGGGGGGACACUUGGCUGUUUGGUCCUUGUGGGGUUUUGUUGGGGGGGGCAUGUAUAGGUAUGUUUCUUGUUGCUUUUUGAAGUGUGUGUGGGACGGUCUAAGCAUCAUCCAUUUGUUCUUCUGUGAAAUGGGUAUUUUUCUGGUGUCCAUGACAGUUUCUUAGGUUUCCAGCCCCAUGGCCCAAAACUCUGCAGACCUUGGAUGUAAAUCGGAUAGCAGUGGUUGCUGAUGCAAUUUGUGUGGGGAGGAAGACACCAUCCUGCCUCACUAAGCUGCUUCUACCUUUCCUACUGCCGGGAAUCACCCAGGGUUGUGUUUAAACUCUUUGCCACUGGGUGUUCCAGAAGUCCAGUGUGACUCCAGAAUCUGUGACAGGUUAGCUGAGGCUAGAGGGGAGGAUUUACAAAGAACCAUAUAUUUAUUUUCUGUAUGCAUCAACCCUGCGUCAACUCCUUAUCCCAUUAGUUGUGUUCUAAAUGUUCCCCGUCCUUAAGUAGCUGCCAAAGAUAUGGGGCAAAGCAUUGUGUGAUGAAAUCGGGACAUGGGCUACAUUUUAUGAUGUGUUUUAUGGCAUGGAGAGCUAGUGUGGCAGAGUGAUUAGACUGCCAGACUAGGACCUGGGAGGUAAAGGUAAAGGGACCCCUGACCAUUAGGUCCAGUCGUGACCGACUCUGGGGUUGCGGUGCUCAUCUCGCUUUAUAGGCCGAGGGAGCUGACGUACAGCUUCCAGGUCAUGUGGCCAGCAUGACUAAGCUGCUUCUGGUGAACCAGAGCAGCGCACGGAAAGGCCGUUUACCUGCCUGCCGGAGCGGUAUCUAUUUAUCUACUUGCACUUUGACGUGCUUUCGAAUCGAACUGCUAGGUGGGCAGGAGCAGGGACUGAGCAACGGGAGCUCACCCCAUCGUGGGGAUUUGAACCGCCGACCUUCUGAUCGGCAAGUCCUAGGCUCUGUGGUUUAAUCCACAGCCCACAGGUGUCCCUAGGACCUGGGAGACCAGGGUUCAAAUCCCCACUUAAUUAUGAAUCUCACUGGGUGACCUUGGGCCGGUCACAGCCUCUCUGCCUUGCUUACCUCACAGGGUUGUAGCGGGAAAUACCUGCAGAAGGGUGAACCAUGUGCCUCCUUCAGCUCAUUAGGGGUGGGCAAGGGGGUAUAAAUGCAAUGCAAUCAAUCAAUGUCAUAGAGAGGGAGCAUAUGGUAUGAGGCCAGUGCUUUUUUUCUGGGGGGACACAGGGGGACGCAUACCCCUAAACAUUUUGUGAAUCUUUGUACUUUUGUCCAUUUACUGUCAUUAUUUUCCCCGAUUUGAACUAUAAAAUAGUGAUUUUCCUUGAGUCAAAAUGAGAGUACCCCUAAACACUUUUUAAAAGAAAAAAAAGCACUGCAUGGGGCUCUUGUCAAAAACAGCAGCCUUUGUGUUUUGCUGUUGUAAAUGUGUACUCUCCUCUGAGAAGCACAUAUUUCUUGAGCGACUCCAUACCUAAGCUAAUAUUUGAACCCAAGCCUUCCAGGUCCAGUUCAAACACAUGGAUUUCUCAUUUCAUCUGCUUAUCUCUGGGCAACGUAGCACAAUGCUUUCAGGAAAGUGAACUUGUAGGAAAGUUUCCUAAGACUUUGCUGAUCACUGGUUGUUGCAUAAAACAUCAAAACAAAACCUUUUUGAAAAAAACCCCACCCACUUGAAACUAUUGAUAACUCAGACUGAAAGCUUCCAAACAACUGUGUGAAACUUUACAAACAUAUAGAAGAAGAAAGGUGCUCAUGUUGGUCUGUAGGGAAGAUUCACAAAGUCUGUAUACCUUCAGUAUACCUGAAGGAGCGUUUCCACCCCCAUUGUUCAACCUGGACACUGAGGUCCAGCGCCAAGGGCCUUCUGGCGGUUCCCUCACUGCGAGAAGUGAAGUUACAGGGAACCAGGGAGGGCCUUCUUGGUAGUGGCGCCUACCCUGUGGAAUGCCCUCCCAUCAGAUGUCAAAGAAAUAAACAACUAUCUGACGUUUAGAAGACAUCUGAAGGCAGCCCUGUUUAGGGAAGUUUUUAAUGACUGAUGUUUUAAUGUAUUUUUAAUCUUUUGUUGGAAGGCGCCCAGAGUGUCUGAGGAAACCCAGCCAGAUGGGUGGGGUGUAAAUAAUAAAUUAUUAUUAUUAUUAUUAUUACUACUAUAUUAGGGCAACCAAAAUGUCACCAAAAUAGUGUGAAAGCUUUCAAGUUUUGGGUGGGUUUGUGGGUUUUUUAAUAGAACUCUUGAUCUGGCUAGAUGUUGACAGAAUGCAAAGGUGUGAGAAAAAGGUGGUUGGUUUUAGUCAAGCUAUCCAUGUCUGCAUCUGGGUAGAUUUUAAGAAGGAGUGACAAGAUGGGAGUGACAGGGAGGGGAGAAUGAAGCACUUUGCCAGCCCUAUGCUCAGCACUUCCCAAAGUGCCAGGCAUGGGGCCUCCUGCACUGUGGUUCCCAUGCGCCUGGCAGCCAGCUGGCUGACAGAUGCUUGGGAAUCUCUCACAAGGGAUUUUGACAGGUGGGUGGGGCAAUCCCUCUCAGGUGACCUCAUAACAAUGCCAAGUGGUUGACAGGUGGGUUGUCUUGUCCUCCUGUCAAGGUUGGCAUAUGAGGUAGGUCAAAGAAAACUUCCCCACCCCUGAUCUAGCCUGAUGAAAAGUUCUGGCGAACCCCAAAGCUUGCAGGCUAUUUUGUGACACUUAGCUCAUCCUAAUAAAGGUUUUGUUCUAAUGUGGACGUUGAAAUUUUACAGACACGUAAACUUUUAUUAAAGUAAAAUAAAUCAAAAUGCGCAUGUUGCCUUAUAGAGCAUUGACUCUUUUUGGAAAGGCAAGCCUCAGGGGAGACUAAAGCAAUCCCAGACAUUUUCUGGAGAGAUGUAGCAAGAGAUUUACAGUCAAACCUCCCUUUACGUAACCCUCUGGUUACGUAAACUUCGGGAUGCACGCGCAGCAAACCCGGAAGUAUUUUACCGGGUUUUGCCAUGUGUGCAUGCACAGAAGUGAUAGACCCUCAGGUUGCGGCAACCUUGGGAUCUGACCGGACUUCUGGAAUGGACCCCAUCUGCAACCAGAGGUACCACUGUAUUUCCACUUGAGAGUGAGAACCAUUGAACUUAUUGGGAACUUGGUGCCAAGGAAGCAUGCAUAGGAUCAGGUUGUUGGUUAAGCAAUGUUUAUAUCCUCAUGGUUAUAAGAACAUCAGAAGAACCUUGCAGGAUCAGACCAAUGACCUAUCUAGUCCAGCAUCCUGUUCUCACAGUGGCUGACCUGUGGGAAGCUCACAAGCACUCCCGCAUUGUCCCGUGAUGAGAAAUUCUGAUAUUCAGAGGCAUGCUGCCUAUGACAGUGGAAACAGAAUAUAGUUAUUGCAGCCACAGAUAGCCACAGGUAUCCUUAUUCUUUUGUCUAUAGAGCCAUCCCUGCAUCAUGUGGGAGCAAUGUCCAUAGUUUAAUUUUCUCCAAACUGUUCAUAAUGUAUACAUGUCAUUCAUAGUUGCCCUUACUCUCAUUUUCCCCACCCCUAAACUAAUAUUCCCGCCCCCCCCAAAAAACUCCAAACCUUUCCUCACAAGCAGUUCCAGCCUCACGGUCAUUUUGGUUGCCCAUCUCUGUUUUUCCAGUGUUUCUCAAACUUGGAUCCCCAGCUGUUGUUGGACUACAACUCCCAUCAUACCUGACCACUGGUCUUGCCAGCUAUGGAUGAUGGAAGUUGUAGUCCACCAACACUGUGUAGAAGUGUCUUUUGUAUCAGGCUCCAUCCUCAAACCUUAGUCAACCAAGGAGAGGAGAAAAAUCAGGCCUUCUCCUCGUCCUGUUUGCUUACAGCACCAGGUAGUCAGUGGUACAGAACAUGGAGAUUUGUCUUAAUAUAAAUUUCAUUUAGGGAAAGGCUGGAGAAAACCCUUUUGGUCUGCCUGCUUGAUAAUUCACAGCUUUAUAUUAGGUAGUUGUUUGCUCUUUUACAUAUCAGCUGCCUGCCCUUUGAUUAUUCAAAUAAAUUUAGAUUGACAAGAAGACAUGGCCCUUUAGCUCCAGGGUACAUGCAAUCUCUGCAGGAGAGAUUACAGAACAGGAACAUACCGUAAUAGGGGGGGAAAGGUGUAUGUGUGGCAGCAGGAGAGAUGGAAGGACAGCUUAACCCUGUUGAAUAAAACAGUUCCUGCUAGGUAGUGCGAUACAGCAAUGGCAGUCUGUAUAUAAUGUAGUUGCAAUGAUCUGAUCCUUUGUUAUCUGGAACAAUUUAUUAUCUGAAUUUACUGUGUCCUUGGAUCAAUACGGCUCUUUUAUUUUAAAACCCCUCUAAUAUAUCAAAGCAUAUGUUCAUUUGCCUGUUGUUCUUGAUUUUGCUUUGCUAACUUCUGUCUUCCUGUCGCUGCAGGCGACAUACAGUCCCCCCUCGUCCCUGGGCCCUGUGUGAGGUUUUGCUGCCAGCCAAAUGGCUUCUUUGCUUUUCUCAAGGGUUUUGCAGCAUUUAGUAUGACCUUCCCUGGAAGGGAGCCACAUGCCUUGCUAUAUCCCAGCUGUUGAUUCCCCUUGCGUGUACCCAGUUUCCACGGGAAUGUUGUGCUCUUCUCCAUUGCUUGUCCUUCACUCUGUCAUGGAAACAUUAUCUAAUAAAAAAAUUAUUCUGUUACUGAGCCUGACCCUUUUUGAGGAGGCCCAAGUCAUGCACCAGAUCAGCCAGUGAAGGUGGGUUGGGUAGGAGAGGAAGGUCAGACUUUGCAGGUAGGCAAGAGCUUUUUAAAAAAGCAAAUAUGAUAUAUGUGAAGCGGUAGCAGGAAUCCAGAGGGUUCCAGGUGCUCACCCAAAGUUGUGUCUCUGUUGGGAAAUGAAGGCACAGUGGAGGCCUUUAAGAAAUAUGGCUUAUUUUACAUAUAUUUACACCUAGAGCCUUUCAUGGAGGGGGUGCAGAACAUUACACCCCAAAAUUUGCCAGGCGCCAGGAGCAUUUUGCACCUGGCUAUCGGCCACUUGUUAACAAGUGAAAAUACCCAGGAGCUAAAAUGGUGCCUGAUGCCUCUACCGUCUGGAGGUGCAUGCCUGGGUAUCCUUGGAUCUUAACUGUUUCCACACACUAACAACGCAUCCUGUAGAACUUUAUCUGUUAUAUUUUAUCUGCGCAAUCAGAAUGAAUUUCAGGAACCAGUUGUUUUGAAGGAUUUAUUUUGUACUCACUGUGUUUCUAGCGCUGGGUUUUAAAUCCAUGUUCACAAUGCUGCAUAUGUAUCUUGCACUUUGAUAUAAAAUACUAUCUGAUACGGGGACGCGGGUGGCGCUGUGGGUAAAACCUCAGCGCCUAGGACUUGCCGAUCGCAUGGUCGGCGGUUCGAAUCCCCGCGGCGGGGUGCGCUCCUGUCGUUCGGUCCCAGCACCUGCCAACCUAGCAGUUCGAAAGCACCUCCGGGUGCAAGUAGAUAAAUAGGGACCGCUUACCAGCGGGAAGGUAAACGGCGUUCCGUGUGCUGCGCUGGCUCGCCAGAUGCAGCUUGUCACGCUGGCCACGUGACCCGGAAGUGUCUGCGGACAGCGCUGGCUCCCGGCCUCUAGAGUGAGAUGAGCGCACAACCCUAGAGUCUGGCAAGACUGGCCCGAACGGGCAGGGGUACCUUUACCCUUUACCUUACUAUCUGAUACGUUGCUUCUCAAUCUGGCUUCAUGCUGAUUGGGGUCCUUAUAAGCUGUUCCAAAUGCAUCUCUAGCUAAGGUGUGAACAGUUGUGUGUAAGGUCAGACAAUCCCCACUGUCAGCACUAACGAAAACUAAUCCAACACUAGCGAAGUUGCACUGAUUUGAGCAGCUGGGAAGGGGAAACUGUGAAACACACUAAAAACGCACACAUCUCCACUGUGCUCUAAGGCGCUGAUGUGAGCACACUCCUGUAGAUCAGGGUUCUUCAAAGCUGUGAGCCUGGCAAACCUAUAUCUCUCUGAUAUAGGUAUGCCACUUUCCUUUGCCUCUUCACUCCCUUCUUGCUAUUUCCUUAAGCCCCUGCUUUGGUGUGUGUUGUCCUGAUUUAAGCUUCAUUCAGACAUAAAGAUCAACUCUGAUGUUGUUGUUAUAAGAACAUGCUGUGGUGAGCUUCAGACUUUCCUGUCCCCCCCCCCCCCUUUUACAUACAAGGGGGAGAAGAGCUGAGACUUCCACUUGCAGUUUGGACAAAAGCACAAAAACUACAAACAAAUGCAGGAAACCGUGGUUUGCGCAAACUAUGGACUCGGCUAGAUUGGUAAAGAAAAGGCUUUUUAUAUGCAUUAUAACACUGUGACACCAGAUGGCGCAGUGGAGUUCCGUUUUGGCCAACACAAGUUUUCAUACAAAGUCUAAAAUGUGUUUAAUUGAAAUGCUUCUUUGCUGUGUCUAAGUAGGAAAGCCUGUGUUUAAGUAGGAAACCAGGAAACCACAGUUUGCUCCUGGAGUGAUAUCCUGGCUUGUUAAUAACUGUUGCCUGUGAAAAUUGAAGUUUUCUUUGUUUGGACAUAAUGGAAAACUGAUGCUUGUUACAAAUCCCAGAUGGAUGCUUUCGUUCUCUUCCCCUCCCAGGAGAGGCUCACUGUAGUGCAUUCUCAUUACAACACAUGGCUUCCAAGCCCUCUUCAGGCAUUAAUACAGUUUCUUAAAUUAAUAUGCAAGGGGGAUUUUGAGGAUAAGUGCACUGGUUCUUGCUGCCCUUGUCACCGUUCCACUGACCUAUUCAGGCCUCCUUCUUCUUCUCUUGCCAUGACUGCUGAUCUUGACCCUAUGCUCUAGGAGGGUUUCCAUAGCUAUUGACUCUUUCACUUCAACCUACAAAGUCAGAAUGUUGGCGAUCAUUCUAAGGCUGGCCACUUCCCCCAGCAGAUGGAAUGCUUCUGAAAAUCUUACGCUGCUGAAUGUGGGGCUGGAAAAAUAUAAAAAUAACUUGUCGCGUAGCAGGGAUAACAAAAUUCUAGUCCUGCCUUUAGAGCUUGCUGAUGUGCUGCUUGUACUAAUAAUGUGAAAUGAUCUGGAGAAAAAAAUAGUGUUAACAGCAACAACAAAAACCUUGAAUUUUUUGCUGCCCUGGUGGCUUUACUAUAAGUAGCUGCUGUGUGUCUCCCAUGGCAACAAGUGUCUCUUAUGCUCUCUUCCUCCUCUCACCACCCACCUUCCAUAUACACAGCAUAUUGCAAGCAGAUAGCGUUACUUCUGUUUCAGAGACGCAAGGUGAAGUAUCCCGUGUAGCUGGAUGAGCAAUCUGACUGAGAGCCAGGAGCCCAAAUUAAUUUUGACAACUGUUACUUAAUUAAGCCACUUGUAUCUCCCUUUUAAUUAUGUCACUGUGAUGCACGCUAGGAGAGGGAACAGGAAAGCACACUGUGUUCUCUUGUUCGCUGCUUUGAACCUUUCCUCUUGGACCAUGCAUCGAUCGCCUCAGGCUGAGAAAUAUUGUUGAACGGACGAGAUGUCACUAAACCCAAAGUGACUCAGUUCUUUAAAUCAACAGAAACUUUUGCUCGGCGGCCCAGGAAGACUGUGGCCUAGAGCACAAUACAAACUGAAGACUGCCAAGAACUCUUGAGGCCUAUGCUACUGGUGUCUUUGAACUCGGGACUGAGCGGAAGAUAGACAGGGAUUUAUGGGUAUCUGCAGUAGAUCAGGAAGCAGGAAGUGGGCACACCCUCUUCAGAUGGGCUUCCUGUUAUAUGUAGCUACAGUAAUUCUGUCUGUCUUUCUGAAAAGCUGAGAAAAUCUCAAGUCAUGUGCUUUGUUAUGUACUGAAGUUCUCACCCUGGGCCAGCAGGGGGAUACUGUAGAUAGUUUUCACUCAGGUCCACAUCAGUUAUUUUAGGCAGGCCGGCUGAGCUGUUUGCUGCUCAGUUCUGUUCCAGCUUACAAAAUAAAGAGCUGCUUUGGAGAAAUCGCUGUGUCGUCUGCUAUGUCCGCCCACAACUUAACACGCUUUGUUCAUCUUGGAGCAGAUUGUGACCUUUGUCAUCAUUAGACUUGGCCCACUUGGUUAUUUCCAUAAACCACACCCACUUGUCUUGUCCCUGGUGUUGUAUGUGAAAGAGAGUGAGAGACAGGGAAACUUACAGCCUUCACUUCAAUAUAAACCGCAUGGAAACACAUUUCAAAAGGUUUGUUGUCACCUGCCGUCAUAAGGACAUUUGGUGAUUGAUGGGUGGCCCACGGAGCUUGUGGAGAUAAGGAUCCAGCCUGCCAGGUUGGAAGAGUUUCCCAUCCUUGGAAUAAAAUCUACAUUAGGGAUGGGGAACCUAUGAUCCUCCAGUUGUUGUUGUUGGACAACAACUCCCAUCAUGGCCAUUGACCGUGUUGGCGAGCAAAUGGAAGUUGCAGUCUGACAGAGGGCCACAGGUUCCCAUUCCUGGUUAAUGUCAUGUAACAGCCAGUGUCUCCGCUUAGCCAUGAAACCUAUUGCAUGACCUUGAGCCAGUCGCAAUCAACUUAACUCCAAAGUGCUUUGGUAAGUGGACAAUCCCAAUGUAUAACACACAGACCUUUUUGCAAGCAGAAAAGGGAUUAACAGAUACAAAAUAUUUGCUAUUUUUUUGUACAUAAUUAUGAUGGGUCAUGACUUGGGAAGUCAUGCAAGAUAUGUUGCUCUUGGAGAAGAAAGUGGCAUCGUCCAUAGUGCUAAAUGUAUAUUAAAUAAAAUGCAUUCAAUGAAAUCUCAAAUCCUGCAACUUUAGGUGGCCCACUCCACUCUGACUGAGGUGUGUUCUGUACAAUCCUGUUCAAAAUCUGGCGUCAUCUUUUGAUAAUUGCAGUGUUUGCAUUGGGGAUAUUUGGGUUUACCCAGAUAGGUGUGUUCAGCAGUCACAGGUAUGCACUGUUUUUCUGUUCUUUUAUAGUGGUGUUUGGUUACUGCAGGCAUGAACCUGAUAAAUAAGGCCAUUGCAGGAUCUUCGCCUACAGCCUGUAUAAAAAAACAGCACAGUUGGUUACAUGGGAAAACGAUAAGCUGAAGAUCUUUUGAAGGACUACUGACAUGGCCCUGACUGGAAGCAACCAAAUGUAGCUGAACUUGCACAACACAUGACAAUUGCUUGUUUAAAAGUUCAGGAAGACAGCUAGUUGCGUUUGGUUAAAGUACGCAAUCUCUGCUAUGAUUUAACAUUACACCUGAACCAGCCCAGGGCAACCCUAGGUUCUCUUGAAACCAUUAUUAUUCAUCAUUUCCUGAACUUUAAGUGUUUUCCUUGAUAACAGGGCAGAUAUUUUCACUCAAAUGCAGUUUCGUUAAUGCAAGUUGUGUUGGUCUUUGUCUCAAUAUUACCCCAAAUGGUUUUCUUUACUCUAGAUGCAGUUUAUACUGCUCUUCAGCCGGCAAGGGAAAUUAAGACUCCAGAAAUGGUUUAUUACACUGCCUGAAAAAGAGAAGAAAAAGAUCACCCGAGAAAUUGUGCAGAUUAUUUUGUCUCGCAACCAGAAAAUGAGCAGUUUUGUUGACUGGAAAGACCUCAAGCUUGUUUACAAAAGGUGUGAGUAGUUUUACAAGUCGGCUUUUUACACAAAGCAUGUCGCUUCACAUGGAAGCAGCACAAAGUAACAACAAAACAAAAUCAAUCUAGUUUGCGUUGGCGGAGUGAACUGCCAAACAAGAGGAACACCAUUCAAAAUGUCUGUAGUACUUACCACUAGUAGGAAAGAAAGAGAAAAAAGGCAGCAGGCAUGAUCUCUUGAAGGAAGCCCGUGCCCAGUGAAUUCCACUAAUUCCUGUCAUAAGAAACAUGACAUGCUUGUUUAUAUCAAAGGAUUAAGGUUUUACACUGGGCUGGGGAUAUUUUUCAGCCCAGAAGCCACUGUCCAUUCUGGGCAACCUUCUGGGGGCUGCAUGCCAAUGGAUGGGACCAGAGGCAGAAGUUGAUAGUGGAGCAAUAAAUGUAAAUAUGUUAGGCUAGUUUCUAUGCAAACUCUCACACACCUCUGUCCUGCACCCAGGCAAGCAAAAGGCACAAUCGGGAUUUCAAGGACACAUUCCAGCCAUGCAGAAACACUUGAGGGUGCAAAGUAGGGCUGGGGAGGCAUGUGGUUUGGGAGAGAAGAGUCCCAAGGGCCAGAGAAAGAGGUCUGGAGGGCUGCAUCCCAGUUAUAGUUCUAAUUUUAAGGAGCAUUAUUCAAGAUAGUGGGGGUGGCAGAUGCAUCAAGGGAAUGAAGCAUUAAACAGGAAAUUGAAGCUGGAGCCAACUAAUUUGGCUAGAGGAGGUGCAUUGACAUCCUCUGGCAGGAUGACCCAGGGAGGGGGCAUGAUAUGGAGAGAGUCCCAAGGGCCAGAUUUAAAAAAAGGCCACAUUUUGCACCCGGGCCUCGGGUCCCCCCCCCCUCCUGCUUUAAAUCACUUAAUUGGAGCCAGCAUUUGAGAUGAGGAGUGAACAUGGAGAGCACCUCCCUGAGAUAAUAAAAUCUACUGAUGUGCCUUUUAAAUGAAUGGACAUCAAGAGUUGCCAUUAAGUGCUGGACUCGCAAUGAUUUUCAUGGGAUGCCAGUGCAUUGAUCUUCUUCUGUAUUGUUCCACUGGGUAUUUCUGAAUGCUGGAGGCUGUCCCAGUUUUAAAGGAAAGUACAGAAAUGUUCAAACUUUCUGAAGCUGCCUUUCUGAACAUUGUGUGUGAAAGAACGUUUGGAAGAUCAUAGCUUGGCGAAACCUUGAAGGCGAUAUAAGACCAUUGUUGCUUGUGGCUAUAAAACAGAUCAAUCCCCUUCAUAUGUUAGGGCCAAAUUAACAGGUUUUUGGUAAACACAGUUUUUUGCCCUGUGUUGCUUUCUAAUUCGGGGGUUGGGGGUGGGAUGAAGACUGAGGAAACUGUUGUUUAUUCUCUGGUGUUUAUUCUCCAGCAGUGAGAUGGGGGGUGGUUGAAUUUGUCAGGGUGAUUGUGCAGAAAAAGACAAGUUAAACGCACUCCUAAAUGGAUCUGAUCCAUGAACACCCCUCCUCCAUAUGCUAUUUUGAAAGGGAAAACCAGACCCACAAGGAAAAGGACAUAUUUAAUAUAAUUUGGAGUUUGGUCCUCAGUAUGGAGCACUACAAAAACGUAUAAAAGUUUUGUGUCCGUAUUGUGUAAUGCAGCAGGGUGGGCAAUAGGCCCAGGGCCAAAUCAGCUCUCUAGCCUCUCUGCCCUACCGUCAGGACCUGGCUCAGGCUGCAUCCCUCACUGACCCUGCUGGGCACCUUCCUCUAGCUAUUCUGCCUGGCUGGAAUGUGUCCUUGAACCGUGAUCACUCUUGCUUGCAGAAUGGAAAAUAGAGAGUGGUGCUGUCCGGCCUUUCCUACUUUUGCCACACCCACCACUGACAUGUGGCCCUCAGAAGGCCCGCCCCCAUGAGGCAAUGUGGCCCUUGAAUUAAAAAAUGUUCCCCUUCCCUCCUAUAACGGGAUAGAAAAUCCAUACGUCAGUGCUUGUAACAAGGGGGAAAUGUUUUUCUGUGACACAGCCUUCAGUUCUUUCAACAGCUGUUGUCUGUAUCCAGGCUUAAGGUCAUAGAAAAGAUGUGUGAGGAGCAGAGCUCCCACCCCCACCCCCCCGCAAAAAAAUGUUUAGGGGUACUCUCAUUUCCCUACUCAUAUUGAAAUACUGCCCCGCAAUGAGGCCAAACUUUGAUUCACAAAAUGUUUAGGGGUUUGCGUACCCCUGCAUCCCCCCCCCCAGGAAAAAAAAGCACUGGUGAGAACAGUUAUGAGGCUGUGUGGGCAAGUUGCACCCCAGCAUCUAUAUGCACAGUGACCAUUACUCCCUUCCACCUGUGCCUUUGAGAAAAGGAGAAGAUAUAAUACCUGGCCUGUAUGAAAGCGUAACAAAAAGGAACACAAUUAUAAUAGCAUCAGAUGCAGAGCUGUGAGAGAUUUAUGUGAUAAAAACCAAGCUUUUAUUUCCAAUUCCAUUAUCAUUACUUCUGAUUAUUGCACCAAAAACUGCCCACGUUUGCAUAUCUGAAAUGAUGUUCAUCCUGUCAUUUUCAUUAGUGCUGGCAAGGAAGUCAGAUGGAUUUAUAUAAAAGGCCUAAUUAAUUAAGGGCUAUUCUCCUUGCUUUUGAGAUAAAUUGUCUCAUUAUGUGAAAAAGCAACCGGGGAAAAAAGUAUUUCAGGGUAACUGACCGUGUAAAGAGCGUGAAUAUUAAUGCUGAUAGGUCUCAAUAUAUUUUCAUAUUUUUAAAUUUCAGGUACGCUAGUUUAUAUUUCUGCUGUGCAGUUGAAGAGCAGGAUAACGAACUCUUGACCCUAGAAGUUGUCCAUCGUUAUGUAGAGCUACUGGAUAGAUAUUUUGGCAAUGUAAGUUUACUAGGUUUCCCCCAGAAACACCUGGCUCCGCUUGUUUUCCUUGUCAGAUAUUUGUUGAGUGUUGUCUGUUGUUUCUUCUGUCCACAGAAAUGACUCUAAAUUCCCUGCAAGGUUUGUUUGUGUUUUGUUUUUAGAAUAACAGGUUUGGGCCAUUUUCUGUAAAGAUACUCUGUUUCAACUGAAAAGAGUUAUUUGGGGGGGGGGAAACUUUGCUAUGAAAACAACCACCACAACCUCUGGAGGGCCACAGGUCCUCUUUGCCUUCCCUAAAAGAUUACCGUAUUUUUCGCCCUAUAGGACGCACCGGCCCAUAGGAAGCACACGUCUCCCCGCCGCCAGCCUCCAAACCACGUUGGGAGACAGCGGGAUGGCGCGCUGCGCCUCCCCACUGUCCCCUGAGCUGGUGGGGCUGGCGGUGGGGCUCUCCUGAAGCCUGGAGAGUGAGAGGGGUUGGUGUGCACCGACCCCUCUCGCUCUCCAGGCUUCAGCGAAAGUCUGCAUUCGCGCCAUAGGACGCACACACAUUUCCCCUUCAUUUUUGGAGCGGAAAAAGUGCGUCCUAUAGGGCGAAAAAUACGGUAAGACUGAAGCAUAAGAAGCCCAGUGAUUCUCAACCUGCUGUUUUUCUUGGACAGAGACAACCUGGUCACAGUUAUCUGUGCUCUGGUAACCUCUAGAGCAUUGACUACUGCAGGGCUUUUAAUGUAGGGCUGCAUUGGAGCUUUCUACAAUUUCAUUGUGCCUUUAUAUUGGAACUCACUUUUCCGUUUCAUUGAGAAAGUUGGGAGAGAAAUCCACACAAUAAUUUAAUGCAUAAAUAGUGAGAGGCUCCUGUUAAUUAGGAAGGAUCUUUCAUUCCACAGACCGCCUCUUUUGCAGUAAUAAAAUCCACCAACAGCUGAGAAACGUCCCACUCCAGCUUUCUGGUACUGCAAAGCCACCUCCAGGGCUGUUUGCCCCUCCCCCCCCAUUGCCUGUCUGUAGGCUGAUUAUUUUCCUCUCUGGUCCUCCGCGUACAAAUAAGGCUAAGCCUUUAUAAAAGUCAGAGCAGGAGGAGAGAGCAAAAACAGCGGGGAGCAUAAAUGGAGAUAAAUGGUCAACUGAGCAAAGUUCACGCUGUGACAUCUGGGGCUGGGUGAAGCUGUUUUUAAUUGGAAGACAUGAUUAGUGGAAAUGCUAAAACAACUUGGAAAUCACCAAGAAAGACAAAUGUGUCACAGAAAAAAUGGUGAGCGCUAAUAAAUACGGCACUUUUUUUAAAAAAAUCAGGUACACAUGCACAACAAAAAGGGACGUGGGUGGCGCUGUGGGUAAAAGCCUCAGCGCCUAGGACUUGCCGAUCAAAAGGUCGGCGGUUCAAAUCCCUGUGGCGGGGUGCACGCCCGUCGCUUGGUCCCAGCGCCUGCCAACCUAGCAGUUCGAAAGCACCCCCGGGUGCAAGUAGAUAAAUAGGGACCGCUUACUAGCGGGAAGGUAAACGGCGUUCCGUGUGCUGUGCUGGCUCGCCAGAUGCAGCUUUGUCACGCUGGCCACGUGACCCGGAAGUGUCUGCGGACAGCGCUGGCUCCCGGCCUCUAGAGUGAGAUGAGCGCACAACCCUAGAGUCUGUCAAGACUGGCCCGUACAGGCAGGGGUACCUUUACCUUUACCUUUUUACACAUGCACAACAGUGAGUUUUGGAGUAAAAAUUAAUUCUGGCUUUCGUGCACAGGGUGCACUAUGUUUAGUACAUGAUGACUAUGACACCCCACAACUGCUUUUGCAUGGUAUCGUCCAUGCCCGUCUACAAUAGUUUGGCUGUCUUCCCCUGCAAUAGCUUCUCCUCACCCAGUACUUAAAGAGCCUCUGUGGUGUAGUGGUUAAAAUGCAAUACCAGGACCUGGGAAACUAGGGUUCAAACCCCAACUCAGCUCAUGAGAUGAUUUUGAGCCAGUCACUGUCUCUCAGCCCACAGGUAUAUGAGUUGGAAAGCGAGGGCAAACCAUGUACAGUGGUACCUUGGUUGUUGAACAGCUUGGCUCCUGAACAAAUCGGCCCCCAAGUGCUGCAACACCAGAAGUGAGUCUUCCAGUUUGCAAACAUUUUUCCGAAGCCGAACAUCCGACAUGGGUUCUGCGGCUUCUGAUUGAGUGCAGGAAGCCUCCUGCAGCCAACUGGAAGCCGAGCCUUGGUUUUCAAAUGGUUCCGGGAGACAAAGGGAAUCCUGGAACGGAUUAAGUUCGACAACCAAGGUACCACUGGAUGCCACUUUGAGUACCAUGGAGGGGAUGUGGGAUAGAAGUCACUUAGUGAGUGGCAGAGGAGUUUAAAAAUCAGUUUGGGCCAUCUGGGAAAUCUAACUGAAUAAAUGCACCAGGCAUUUUUGGAACAUUGCAAUGCCUGAGGUGCCAGAGUAUGAUGAAGUCAGUUUAAUAUAUAGGUAUGGCAUUGUUUUCGUCUAACCCAGGCUUUCCCAAACUUGAGUCUUCAGCUGUUUUGGAUUACAGUUCCCAUCAUCCCUGACCACUGGUCCUGCCAGCUAGGGAUGAUGGGAGUUGUAGUCCAACAACAGCUGGGGACCCAUGUUUGGGAAACCCUGAUUUAACCCUAGGACAAAACUGAUUGAAGAAUAAUGCAAGCAUCAUGGGAUGCUGCCUCACCUUUGAAAUAUUAUCAUGUUGAAACCUCCUUAAUGCUUUCAGUCCUGUGUCUCCAUUGUUCUCUGCCUGCCACCAGGGUGCACACACAGAACAGGUUUUUGAUGAGGCUGUGCACAUAACCACACUCAAUGCCAUAAUAAGUGUGCCUGAAUAUUUCUCUCUGCAAUCCUUACCAGGUGUGUGAACUGGAUAUUAUUUUCAAUUUUGAAAAGGCGUACUUUAUUCUUGAUGAGUUUCUGAUGGGAGGGGAAAUUCAAGAGACUUCCAAAAAAUCUGCAGUGAAAGCUAUAGAAGAUGCUGAUAUGUUACAAGAGGUAAGAAGAGGCAAGAGAGGUAUGAGAGAAGCUAAAUCCAGGUUUCUCUCACUCUCUUGUUAUUUUAUUUUUACUCUUGAUGCCCAGUUUGGCUCAAGUUUUAUUGCUUGGGCUGUAGGUCACAACCAAAGAAGUCUACAAAUGCCAGGUGAAUGGAACAAGGCAGACCACAAAAAUGUACAAAGAUACAAACAAACAAAACCCCCAUUAAAAUAAAAUAUCCUUAAAACAGCCUUUCCUAACCUGGUUCCUCCAGACGUUGUUGGACUCCCCCAUUCCCAUCUGUCCCAGCCAGUGUGACCAAUGGUUAGGGAUGAUGCACAAUGUAGUCUAACACCUGGAAGAAACUAGGUUGGUAAAAACUGAUUUAAACAACCUUCACUGUAAAUAUUCAUUCAUACAGUGUAAACUUGAUCCCCCCCCCCCCCCCCCGGUGCAGGUACAAAUGACGCAAAUCUUCCAAUAAUGUGCUUGAUUUUAUUUGCUAAUAAAUGUUCUGUUGUCUAAGUCAAAAGUCAAAGAGCAUUAGGAGGUGUGUGUUUUACAGCCUAUUUUAUCCAUGUUCACUGAGAAAUCUCAUGGAGUUCAGUGGACUUAUUCUUAAGUAAAUGUCCUUUGGUUUUCUCGUGUAAGUAGCAGCUUAACUCUUGCAAAUUAUAAAUAGCAGACUGGUGGGCAAAUAGAUGACUGUUGCUGUGUGAUUUCCCACUCACAUUUGGCAUUCUAUAAACCCUGGCUCGAACUAUUCAGAAGCUCUUUGUGUUGGUUGUUUUUCUUACAGAAAAAGUGACCAUCAGUUACUCACACCGUUUGCUGAAUCCUUGAUGGAAUGUUCAUUUCAGCCCUUUUAGUGUCUAAAAAGUGCUUGGCUAUUUUUAUUGAUUUAUUUUGCGCAGCAAAGCGGAAGCAUAAAUGGUCUGCCUGCUAGCUUCAAAACCAGCAGAGCUGUCUGCGGCAACCCCAGUUUUGGGCCAAAAACAGACCUUGCGGUAAAUCCCCCUUUGAAAGACAGUAGGGGAGGCAUAGGCAAACUCGGCCCUCCAGAUGUUUUGGGACUACAAUUCCCAUCAUCCCUGACCACCGGUCCUGUUAGCUAGGGAGUUGUAGUCCCAAAACAUCUGGAGGGCCGAGUUUGCCUAUGCCUGGAAUAGGGCCUGUUAUUCAAAGCCUUGUGGGAGUGUUGCUCCCUCUUUGAAAGUCAAAUAUGGCGGACAUGAACUGAAAGUGCCAUGAAUAAAUUAAUGCUAAGGGAGAUGUUUUUGGCACCUUUGCUCUGGUCAAGCUGGUUAUAGACAAUAAGCCAGCGGUAUUCAUGUGCCAUAGAGUGAAUAUCACUGGAAUAAGCUAGCUGUGGUAAUUGCAACUGCUGGCUGUGCAAAAUAGGCAGAGAGAGCACAAUCCAGAACAUAUUACAAAUUCCUAAGGACCUGUUCACACACUAAAGUUCUUGCCCAUCAGAGCGGCUGGCCUUCCCAGGCAAUGCAUUUUGUGUGGAUGGAAGUAAAAAGGGAUCUAAAUGUGUAAUCCUGGGACAUAAAAACGUAAGAACCACCUGUGGGAUCAGGCCAGUGGGCCAUCUAGUCCAGUAUUCUGUUUGCAAAGUAGCCAGCCAGAUGCCUGUGGAAGGCCUGCAAGCGAAUCCUGAGUGCCACAACACUCACCCCUUCUGUGGUUUUCAGCAACUGGUAUUCAGAAGCAUACUGCCUCUGGCAGCAGUAGAGCAUAUCCAGCUACCUUUGUAGCCACUGAUAGCCCUUAUCCACCAUGAGUUUGUCUAAUGCUUCUAAAAAAAGCCAUCCAAGUUGGCGGUCAUCACUUCCUCUAAAGGUAAAGGGACCCCUGACCAUUAGGUCCAGUCGUGGCCGACUCUGGAGUUGUGGCGCUCAUCGUUUUAAUGGCCGAGGGAGCCGGCGUACAGCUUCUGGGCCAUGUGGCCAGCAUGACUAAGCCGAUUUUGGUGAACCAGAGCAGCACAUGGAAACACCGUUUACCUUCCUGCUGGAGCAGUACCUAUUUAUCUACUUGCACUUUGACGUGCUUUUGAACUGCUAGGUUGGCAGGAGCAGGGACCGAGCAACGGGAGCUCACCCCGUGGCGGGGAUUCGAACCACUGACCUUCUGAUCGGCAAGUCCCAGGCUCUGUGGUUUAACCCACAGCGCCACCCAUGUCCCUCAUCAUUUCCUCUAGUUGGGAGCAAAUUCCAUAGCAUAGGUAUGACCUGGGUGAAGAAGUGCAGUCAAACCUUGGUUCCUGAAGGCCUCUGUUACCGUACCAUACGUUUCAGCUCCCAAAUGCCAAAAACCCAGAAGUAACUGUUCUGGUUUUUGAAUGAUUUUUGGAAGCUGAAUGGCUUCCGGGGAGUUUUCUUCUUUUUUCUUGAUUGACUUUGACGACCGCCCUUUGAUCCUCGGUUGUCAGACAUUUCGGAAGUUGAAUAGUCUUCCGGAACGGAUUACAUUCAACAACCAAGGUUUGACUGUACUUUCUGCUGGCAGUCAUAUUCACUGGACCUCCAUGAGUUCUGGUGUUACGAGAAAGGGAGGGGGAAAACCAUGGAUACUUUUAUACAAAAGUCCCAAAUUGUGUAAGCUUUCCUUAGGUUGGUUGCUGCAUCUGUUUGAUCAUUUUGGCUGGGCAAAAUGCCUGUCUCUUGGACUGGGAUAUCUCUGAACCCUCAGCCAACAUGAUACCAGGAGUUGGUGGGAACUGUAUCCAUGACUCUAUGGAUAGUGUGUCACAUUUAUCCCUGAGGGCAUGUAUCCAAAGAAACUCAGGGUGCCUCAUGGGGGAAAUGUCAUCUGUGCGAUUCAGCCCUGUGUGGUGGGAAUCAAUGUAAAUGUAGCACAUAGGACAGUAAAAUGGGUCUCAGACACACUUCAGGGCAGGGGUCAACAAACUUAGCGUGCCUUGGGCUGGUGUCUCCAGUGCUGAUCACGCGGAGGAGUGCGUGCCCAUACCCGUGCGCACAUGCUAUUUCCAGCGCACUUCCGGGUCAGAGAAGCACCGGAGAUAGCUUGUGCGCACGGGCCUCCUCUGACCCAGAUGUGCACCGGAAAUAAUGCUUGCGCAUGCACAAAUAAUGCACAUGCGCACAAGCUAUUUCCAGUGCUCCUCUGACCCGGAAGUGGGAAGGCGCGCCGCUAAGCGGGCGGUGGCAGCGGGGGUCGCCUCGGGCCGGAUAAAUGGGUCCCUUGGGUCUUAUCUGGCCCGCGGGCCUUAGUUUGGGGACCCCUGCUUUAGGGUUUUAGGAUUUAUUUAUAUAUAACUCCUCCCAAAUAGAUAGAUAUCUCACACAUGCAUGGAGUUUUGGAUGUUUUUUAUUAUAUAGGAAAAAAUGACUUAGGACUUUAGUACAAGCAGCUGAAAAAAAUGGAAUUAGGUUAGACUAUUGUAAACGGAUCGAGCAACACUUAACUGGGCCAAAUACACCUCCCUGUGAUUUUUGAACCCUUGGCUUGAUGGACAGCCCACCUGGCUAGGAAACUAAGCUGGAGAGGGGAAUUAGUCUACUUAUGCAAGUAUUCAUACAAAUUCUGUUAAUGAUCUCCAAUUAGCUUCGCAAAUUAGCUGCAGUGCUCUAGAUGUUCAUCAUUUACAAAGCACCUCUUGGUACUGAACCAAUUUCCUUGCUGUCACAUUAUCGUCUAUGCGUAAUUUUAAUAACUGAGUUAAUAGCUUAAUUGUUCUUUGUUGCAGACAAUGGAAGAAUAUAUGAGCAAGCCUGCCUUCUAACUAGAACCUACAUGAACAGAAAACAAGGCUCCAUACCAAUGGUAUAUGCAAAAAUCUGCCUGCUCCUGGAUUUUAUUUAACAAUGAACCCCUCCCACCUCAAACCCUCCUGAAGGGGCUGUCUAUGCAAUAGUCAAGAUGAAGGUCAGCCAUAAUAGCGCAAACAUGUAUUCUAUUUUAUAUGAGCAUGAUAGUAAACUUUCUUGGCUGUCCUGAUUGAAUGUUUGUUUUUAUGGCAAUUUUUAGCUACCUGCCUUUCACUUCCAAGGAACAGAUACUAGAACACUUGAAGGAUAUAUUUAUAUGACUUUGGGUCAGUUUUUGACCAAUUCAGUGUAAUUUUGUAAAAUAAUAAUAAUAAUGAACCAACCAAAAACAUUUAUUUUGAAUGUGGUCAUUUUUCUUGGAUUAAUAAUAACCAUUUUG